CGUUAUAAACAUAAAAAACGCAUAAAAUGAGCGAAGUAUAACGCGCCAGUUAUAUUGUAAACGUUACGCAUAGUUACAAGUUGUUAAUUUGAAAAAUGUCCUUCUUGGGAAAGGUGUACGAUUUGGAGCGAAAUGAAAAUUUCGAAGAGUAUAUUAAAAGUCUGGAUCUUUCGGCAGAGACAGCAGAUUUGUUCCUAAAAACUAAACCUUCGAUCAAACUUGUGAAAAAUGGGGACACUUAUACAUUGACGUCAUUUUGCAACGAAUUUAGAAAGGAACUCAAAUUCAAAAGUGGGUUAGAGUUUGAUGAAGAAGCUUUACCAGGAUUUACAGUAAAAUCGGUGAUGACGCUGGCUGACAACAAGCUCACGCAUGUCCAAACAGCUGAUGAUGGUACUAAAGCCACUUUCGUUCUUGAGUUCUCUGACACCAAAGUUAUUGUGACAUUGACUACGACUAAAUGGAAUGGAACAGCAUACAGAUACUAUAAAAUGGAAAGAUAUCUUCCUGAGGACAAAAUAGCACAAAUCAAAAUUAAAACGUCACAGACACUGACGAAAGAAGGCGACAACUACGUUUUAACAACUAUCCUUCCCGAUGGAAAGAAAGAGAUGAAGUUCCAGAGCGGAGUCGAAUUCGACGAAAAAGUAUCACCGGAAGUUACGGCGAAAACAACUUUCACUGUAAGUGGCAAUAAGGUCACACAGAAACAGACUUUCGAUGACGGUAAAACAAUCAACUAUGUUAGAGAAUUCACAGCAGAUACACUGAAAGUGACCCUAACCUCUAGUUUUUGGGACGGAACUGCUGUCAGAUACUACGUUGCUGAAUAAUUUUAAUUAUUACUUCUUUGAUAAAUAAAUAUAUGUCAUUAUUUUAAUUAUUUUUAUAAAUAAAAUCUCGCUUAUUAUUUA